AUGAGUUUUGAUUCAUAUGCCUUCCUUCAGGCAAUUGCACCUGUUCGCGCCUCUAGUUUCUUUCCAUCAAAUGCUUCAUGUUCAGCUCCUGCUGGCUUGAAGAGAACCAGAAAGAGACGGACUAGUCCUUCCAUCCCGCCCUACACGACAUGCAAAGGACAUGGCGAGAAAUGCGUGAAAAUCCUUUUCAUCCCCGACAACACCCAAGUCAUGGCGACGCCCGGCGAGAGACUCUCGGAGGUAGCAAGGAGGGCUGGGGUGGAGAUAGUGGAAAGCUGCGGAGUAGGGGACUGCGGAACAUGUGAAGUCUUACUCCGGGACGAAGUUUCCGGAGACGGAUUUUACAUUAAGUCAUGCAUCGCAAAGAUAUCAAGUCACAAAGAGAAGCUCGUGAUUGAUACAGUAGGGGAUGGGAUCCCUCCAUGGUGA